UUCGUUGACGAUUCGCCCAUCACUGGUGUCGUUUUUGUUUUUCCCCACACAGGCGAUAUGGCAACACCCGCCGCGGUUAAUCCGUCCGAGAUGGGCACAGAUCUGCCUGGCCCAGUGACCAUGGCAGGUGCUGUUGUGGGUGCAGGGCAGGUGAGAAUGGGGGGCAACAUGCCAGGACGAGGGGGUAAGAGAAGAUCAACAGGGAUGGACUUUGAUGACGAAGACGGCGAAGGGCCGAGCAAAUUUUCAAGAAAAUGGAAUGAAUUGCCGACUAGUGCCAAGACCCAAGACGUGCACAGCAUUUUCAGGACCUUAGUGGACCUCAGUGGCUUUUUUCCUGAUUCUCUGUGCAGAGAGAACCACAGUGAGAUUGAGCGACGCAGACGGAAUAAAAUGACGCAGUACAUCACCGAGCUAUCGGACAUGGUGCCCACCUGCAGUGCACUGGCUAGGAAACCCGACAAGCUCACCAUCCUGCGUAUGGCCGUGUCACACAUGAAGUCCAUGAGAGGAACUGGCAACACGUCGACUGAUGGAGCCUACAAACCCUCCUUCCUCACGGAACAGGAGCUGAAGCACUUGAUCCUAGAGGCGGCUGACGGCUUCCUGUUCGUGGUGGCGGCUGAGACGGGGCGUGUGAUCUACGUGUCGGACUCUGUAACCCCCGUGUUGAACCAGCCUCAGUCCGAGUGGUUCGGCAGCACUCUGUACGAGCAGGUCCACCCUGAUGACGUGGACAAACUCCGUGAGCAGCUCAGCACUUCCGAAAACUCCAUGACUGGGCGCAUCCUAGACCUGAAGACAGGGACGGUGAAGAAGGAAGGACAGCAGUCCUCAAUGAGGAUGUGCAUGGGCUCUAGACGCUCCUUUAUCUGCAGAAUGAGGUGUGGCAGUGCUCCUCUGGAUCACAUCUCUCUCAACCGUCUUUCAAGCAUGAGGAAGAGAUACAGGAAUGGACUCGGGCCGUCUAAAGAAGGCGAAGCUCAGUAUUCAGUGGUGCACUGCACUGGCUAUAUCAAGGCCUGGCCCCCUGCAGGAAUGACAAUCCCGGAUGACGAUUCUGAAGCGGGCCAGACCAGUAAAUACUGCCUGGUGGCAAUUGGAAGACUUCAGGUGACCAGUUCUCCAGUGUCAAUGGACAUGAACGGGCUCUCUGUGCCGACAGAGUUUCUGUCCCGCCACAACUCAGAUGGCAUCAUCACUUUCGUGGACCCCCGCUGCAUUAACGUGAUCGGUUACCAGCCACAGGACUUGCUUGGUAAAGACAUUCUAGAGUUUUGUCAUCCUGAGGAUCAGAGCCACCUAAGGGAGAGUUUCCAACAGGUCGUGAAACUGAAAGGUCAGGUUUUAUCGGUCAUGUACCGUUUCCGGAUGAAGAAUCGCGAAUGGAUGCUGAUCAGAACAAGCAGCUUCACCUUCCAAAAUCCAUACUCGGAUGAAAUUGAGUACAUCAUCUGCACCAACACAAAUGUCAAGCAACUUCAGCAGCAGCAGCAGCAGGAACUGGAGGUUCAUCAACGGGACGGCCUGGCGGCAUAUGAUCUCUCGCAGGUGCCAGUGGGCAGCGUGCCGGGGAGCGUACACGAAGCAGCGAAGAGUAUUGACAAAACAGAGACGCUCUUCUCUCAGGAAAGAGACCCUCGUUUCAGUGACAUGUACACAGGCAUCUCUGGCUCGGAUAAGAAGAUGAUGGUGCCCUCAUCCACUGCAGGAGGACAACAGCUAUAUUCCCAGGGCAGCCCUUUCCAGCCAGGACACUCUGGCAAGAACUUCAGCUCCUCAGUGAUUCACGUCCCCGGAGUAAAUGACAUCCAGUCGUCUGCUGGGACAGCGGGGCAGAAUCUGGCUCAAAUCUCCCGUCAGAUUAACUCCAGUCAGGUGCAGUGGUCAGGCAGCAGGCCACCAUUCUCGGGCCAGCAGCAGCUCCCAGCGCAGUCCAGUAAAGCUCAGUCCUCUCCAUUCGCCAUCGGCUCAAGUCACAGCUACCAGGCCGACCCAUCUUCUUACAGCCCGCUGUCCAGCCCGGCCACUUCCUCCCCCAGCGGCAAUGCCUACUCCAGUCUGACUAAUCGCAGCACUGCAUUCGAUGUUGCAGGUGAAGGCAGUCAGAGUGGUGCUCAGUUCCAGGGUCGGCCGUCUGAGGUUUGGUCUCAAUGGCAAAGUCAGCAUCACGGCCAGCAGAGCGGAGAGCAACACACACACACUCAGCCCAGCCAGUCUGAGGUGUUUCAGGACAUGUUGCCUAUGACUGGAGACCCCACGCAAGGAACAGCCAACUACAACAUUGAAGAUUUCGCUGAUUUGGGAAUGUUCCCUCCAUUUUCUGAGUAACAACAGACUAAAUUGAUUUCUGUGUCGUUUUUAUUUUCUCUAGUUUUCAUGAUUAUCCACAUUAUCAUCAAGAAUACAGCUGGUACCAACACUCUCGUAUACACUGAUGGAAAAAAAAAGAAACUUAAUACUUGGUUUUACUGCCACACUGCAUCUCGGAUUGUGUGCUUCCUGUAAAAGUACACAAAGCCAAUGCCAUGAUUCUUUUUUAAUAAUUCUAUAAGCCAUCAGUCUUGUGACUGAUUAUUUGAUAUGCGCUAGACAUGUGCCGAUAUAGUCUUUACGUAAAUGCAGUUAACAUUCAUAAGUAAAUAUAAGAAUCGCAAAUCCAUUACACCCACACGACUUUAUAGUGUUCAGGUUGCUAUUACAAAUCUAGUUUUUGAGUCAGUAGCUACAUUUUUUUUCUUGGGGGAGAGUGGGUGCUGCAAAUAGCUAAGGGUUGGGGUUAUUAGCUCUUAGCUCGUGUUGUGUAAUAUUUGAUAAUGUGGAGGAGGGUUCACCUUCUUCAUGACAACUUGCCACCCCAUUCAGGCCACGAAACUGUAAAACUUGUAGGCGACUUGUGGAAGCAGCCAUUUCAUGGAAGUCAUUUCAGAGACGGUGAGAUGAUUACUGAGGUGGAAUCUUUUCCUCAGUAGACAAAAAGAAGGCUUCUUCAAAGACAGUCUCCACCAGCACUUCCAUCAUUUAGAGAAGUGUGUCAAGUCUGCCAAAUGUCUAAAUGUAAAUGUGUCGCCUUAGGUGGAAGAUAUGUAGAGAAGUACUAAACUCACGACCAAUAUUUGUUUCCAUUACAUAAUUUUUCCUUAGCAAUAAUAUCAAUUUUAUAAUCGCCCCUUAUGUAUAUAUACAUGUUUGUUUGUAUACAUAACCGUUUUUAAUGUUGCAAUAUUGUGUUUUGGGGGAAAAAAUCAUGAGAACAUGGAGGACAAAGGAGCCUUAAAUUCAUAAUUCUGACACAGAACGAAAAAAGCACAGGGUACACUUGCACUAAUCAUGUAAGAAUAGUGUUGUUAUUAAAGCAGACUAUGGACAGUUUAGUUAACAGAUUAGGAAACAAACCAAACCAAAAAACUUUGAGUAUUAACAUUUUAAUCAGACAUGCUUGUUUAUUAUUGAGAAAAGAUGACAUACAUUUCAGUAAGGCAUAAGGACUAAUCAGUGUGAGGAAUUCAGUGUUUUGUGGUACUUGGUGAUACGUAUACCCAAAUGCACCAAGUUAUUUACAGUAGCACGCCCUUGCUUAAUAUAGUGGCCAUAAAAAAUGAACGUGUGUCCAUCCACUUGCUGCUACUUGAAACAUUCUUCAUAAAGUUUGCAAGUUUUUUCACUAAAGAGCUUUAGAACUUUACAACAUGAUGCAGUCGAGUAAUGAUGCAAGUUUUUGAGCUUACCAGCUAACCCUGACCUAAUGCAAACCUCAUCAAUCCUCCGCAGUCUGAAGGAAUUUUCAAUCAGAAUGAGAGGGGUGGGGUAAACCUUCGGUAAUCUGUAUCUGAAUAAAUAUAUGCUUUCCAUGUUUGCACCAUGUCGUGGUAACUUUAGGUGAAUUGAUGAGUUUUCAUGAAGAAAACAUUUAUUUUAUUCCCGAUGGUAAACUCAACAGCUUUGUUUCAUCUGUGUUUCCUUUCAUUCAUUGGAUCUCUGGCUGAGAAAAGGUGCUGAUUGGCUCACUAUUUCAGGAAAAGAGAAUGAUCUAACCAAUCAUAGAUAAGACUAAAUUCUUGUAACCAAUCAUAAUGCAGAAGGAGGAAUGUGUUGGAAAAGAUGAAAAGCCUGACCAAACCUCAAAAUGUUUUUAGGGUUUAGUAUUUAACAAGCAAACCUGUCUGUGGGUUGAUCAAUCUAAAGCUAGCUUUGUAUACACAGCACAACUUUUAUUUAUUUCAUGACAUAGAAUGGGAAGGAACUCCUAGUUAGUAGGAUCAAUGUGUCAAGUUGAGAGGUUCUUUUCCUUGGCUUUUCCUGGUUAGAGUUUGGGAAGACAUGCUGUUGGUAAAGCCAGCAUAAUUUUCAUGUGCCUAGCAUUGUCUAUGGAGUUUCCCUCACUUAGUCAGCUUUUGGUUCAACAUGCUGAGUUUUAUUUUGCAGAUGUUUUAUCAGGUUACAUGUAUUGUAGGAAGAAGCUGUGAUAACUCCUUGAUGUUUUUCCAGAGCACAGUUUGCAGUCUGGUCUGCUUUGAUUGGCGUCAUUAAUCAUGAAAUAUGUCCUUAUAUCUCUUAUUUUAUAUCACAAACCUGAUAUGAUAGGUUUACGUCACAUGGUAUCGAAUAGUAACUUAUUUUUGUAAGACUAUGAGUAAAUUACUCUGUUAUCGGUAUCACUCGGUACAUUUACAUGCACAGUUAAGUCGAACUAUGGUUCUAGCUCAGCCUAGUCAUUUACUUGGACUACUAUCCUUAUCUCGUUAUACAUGGGAAUCGAUUCAUUUACUGAAGUAUGUCAGGCUCUGCUUGUUUGUAUUACUGGUUGACCUAUUUUGUCUAAAGACUAUAUAAUAAAGAAAGGCAUUCAACACUACCACAGAUCCUGUGCACAAUAAUGAACCUUAAAAGGAGGAUGUACUUUUGCUGGCUUCUAGACAGGACAGUAUUUAUCUCUGUAGUCAAAACACUGCCAAAAACAACCUUCUCCCAAGUGAAACGCAGUCUUCCUAACAAUAGUGAAGAUACAUCACACUGUCAAUUAUCGGCACAUGACUAGCUUACGUAUUUAAACACUCCUUAAGACAGAAGGCUUAAUGCCAUAAACAAGUCAGUAUGAGUUUUUGCUGUAAAAUCAUGUACUAAGAUAAGUAUUUUCAGUGUUUCCUGUGAUGAAUUCUACACUGCACCAGCAUUAUGCUUAGUGUGGCAUAUAUAUAUAUAUAGUCUAUAUGUAGUGAUGUCCAUAAUAUAGAUGAUCUAAUAAUAGUCGUAGAUAGUUAUGUAAACAAAGUGUUCCAUUUCAAGCAUCAAAUUUGAUGCAUUUUUUUUUUUUAGUCGUUAAACAUACAAGUGCUCUUCAUCAGCAGCCUCAGUGCGGGAAAUCAGCAUGUACAGCGUGUAUCAUAGUCUUUGUGGCUGCAGCGAUUCUUUGUGACCUUUACUUUUUAAACUAACAGAUAUUUUAUGGUUUCAAACUUUUACACAAAGAGUGUAACACAACUAAAUGAAGGACUGAUGGUGAAAAAAACAACUUUUUGCUAAAAGAAAAUGAGUGUUUUUAUGUAAAUACUGUGAUUUUUACGUCUGUUCACAUGCACAGCUCCAUGCGUGCUCGUGUAGGUUUAAUAUUAUUAUGUGCAAUGUUCGUGUGUAUUUAACUCUUGGUAUUUAGUUAGCCUGGUUAUUGUACAAUGAGUUUAGACUUGUAUAAACAGUGUAAAUGUGUUUUGUUCAUUUUGUGAAAACAAAUUGUGCUUGUGACAAUAAAUUCUCAUUCAAUAUGUGGAUUUCAAUAA